GAAAGUUUACCUUGUCACUACCACCAGUGUUCUAUGUAACCGACCGUAAAAUCACGCAAAAAUGGCUGCCGCUGUAUUCUUCCUUGACCCCCUACUCACUUUCUACCCAACUCGGUUUUAUCAUCGUGAUAUUAUGGCUUUGGGUGCGAAAAACGAUUCGAAAUCUUCGCCUCGGAAUGAUGGCUCUGGUUUCCCCUCCACCCGAGAGAUGAAGACUCCGCCGUCAAAAGAGUCGGUAGCUGAACAGAUAUGCUCCUCUGUGCAGAGUACUCCACUUAGCAAUCACACCCCAAUUGUGAAUCCCACAACCAAUCCGGAUCAUCUUGUGACAGAUUUCGACCGGUACAUCCUAGAAAACCUCAGAGACCACGUUUUCAUGUCCGCCGACCAUUAUUUCACCAAUAUUCUACACAUUCUUGAUAACUGGUGGACGAAUGGCGAGAUAAUGUCCAAAAUCGAGGCCGUCAAAAACGACGUUGUAUUCAAGAAUCACGUCAAGACCUACAUCGAAUUAUGCAAUGAAAGCAGUUCUGGGGAGAAGACCUUCUACCAUCCCCGCUGCCUGAUGUGUAACAGUGCAUUCGAUGUUGUCAGUGCCACUGAAGGCUCUAGACUUGGAAUUUAUCGACAAGACGCAAAGCCACUUGACGGCGGUGUACAAGAGAUCGUUCCUGAUACCUUGGGUGUUCUUCGUGCGAUGUUUAACAGUUCUGGAAAUGUGGUUGAUAACAUGAAGGGCAAUGGCCCAAAGUAUAACUUUUCGUGGGCGCAAACAAUGCAUUGGCAGGAAUUCAAGCCUAAUGAGCACUACCUGGACGAGGGAACGGAAGCUAGCUAUAGAGUUACAACACCUGAGGGCGAGGAUCCUAAGGGAGAGGUGAGAGGCAAAACCACUAUCCGCCGAGACCCUGGUGGCAUCCUCCCUCCUGUCAAGUCGCAGACAGGCUCCAUCACGAAGAAGCGUCGUUCAGAAGAUGUGACUCCUCAUGUCCACUCCAAGUAUCCACGCUCUGAGACGACACCUGAAGUUUCGCAGGCCAGGAGAGGAACAGACGAGUCGAUGGCACUUAGUUCUGCCAAAGAGAGAAUCACAGCAGAAGAUGUUGCACGAUGGGAGGAGGAAGAAAGCCAGGCCCGCCGAGCCGUCCGCCUCCAAUGUGGUCGCUACGCUCUCGAGAUGCUGUCUAGCGCCGGUUUUCGGACGCACUGUAUUGGCGCUCUCGUUAUGGUAGGACAGAUACAGCCCCUCUACUAUGAUCACUCCGUCAUCAUUGUGUGCAAACCAAUUGACAUGUUUAAAUUGCAUGGCAAGCGGCCGAAGAUUACGGAAGAGGCUGUGACGGAUGAGUUCGCUGCAAUGCUUGUAGGAUUGGGUCGACUCACUCUGAGGCAGCGGAGCAUCCAAGAGGACUUCUGCGAUGACAGGGCGCUCAUCGAGAAUUACAAGGCGUACAUGGACAGGUGUGGCAACCCCAAGGACAAGGACAAGACGGUGAUGUUUGUUGGGGUGAAGCUCAAGCUGAAGUCGGGUGAAGACGAGAAGAACGUUGAGGUCACCCUUGACCGAAUUCUUUCACACCAGCCUGGGAUUAUUGGUCGGGGUACUUGCGUCGUUGAGGCGACAUCAGUGCACAAUGAGUGGAAGGAUAAAGAACUGGUUGUCAAGAUCAGCUGUCCAGCCGCUAGUGGAAAAUCAGAGCCAGAGUUUGUCAUUAGAGCCAGAGAGAAAGCACGAUCCAUGCCGCAAGGGAAAAGGCCAGACUGGGCCUUAGACCGUUUGCCUGACAUUCUCCUUUCUCAAGACUUUGACUAUAGUGCGGAUUCUACUCAGGCGAAUCUUGUGGCUUUCUUCGCAGAGGAGAAAGAGUUCGAGUAUGAAAAGCGCAUCUGUCAAGUUAUGGUCCAGGAGAGGCUGUAUCCUCUGGAAGAACUGCGGACAGUUCAAGAGUAUGCUCAGGUCUUUUUUGAUAUGUUGCAGAUUCACAAAUGGUUGUAUGAUCACCCAGGAAUCCUCCAGCGUGAUAUCAGUCCUGGGAAUAUCAUGUGGCGCCGAACCGUCGACGGUCAUUUACGUGGCAUCAUCAAUGACUUUGACUUGUCCUCCUACCGACAUGAGACUGGCCCUUCAUUGUGUCAGCACACCGGUAUGCUACCCUACAUGGCAUACCAGCUUCUCGCAAACAACAAAAAUGGACAACCACCCGAGCACCUCUAUCGACAUAAUAUAGAAUCCAUCUUCUAUGUCACCCUCCUUUUCUGUUGUUGUUACCAGGUUGAGGCUAAACAAGACCCUGAUGGAUGCCUGGUCAUGAACAGUCUGUGA